AUUUCUAGCCCUUUUUUUCCUCCAAUAUAUCCUCUUAAGUAUCUAUUAUCUUCUUAGUUCCUUUCAUCAUUCAAUAACUGAAUCAUAUAUAUAGUCAAUUUACCAAUAAUUCGUUGAAAUUAAUUUUGUUUUGAUGGUUACUAAAAGGGUUUCAAUUACUUGAUCAUUAUUCAUCAUUCUAUUUUGAUUUAUUUUUUUUUUGGUAAAAGAUGUUGGGAAACUUCAUUACCAGCGGUUUAGUAUUGGUUGUUGGAUAUGCAUAUCCUGCUUUUGAGUGUUUCAAAACUAUUGAGAAGAACAAAUUGGAGAAUGAUGAACUUAAAUUUUGGUGCCAAUAUUGGAUUAUUGUUGCAGCGUUGAGAAUUUUUGAGAGCUUUGGUGAUUUGUUCUUGUCAUGGUUACCAAUGUAUGGUGAAUCAAAAUUGGCACUUAUCAUCUACUUAUGGUAUCCAAAAAUAAAAGGCACAGCGUACUUUUAUGACACCAUAUUGAAGCCAUUUGUUGCGAAGUAUGAGUCAGAUAUUGACAGGAGUUUAUUGGAAUUUAGAGCCAAGGCAUGGGACUUAGCAAUUUAUUAUUGGCAAAAUUGCACAGAAAUUGGACAAGCAAAGCUUUUGCAGUUGCUUGCAUAUAUAGCUUCUCAGUCUAAAAAAGUAACACAGCCCAAUUCCGAGCAAAAAGAUGAGACUGACCAUUCAAGCGUUGUGCCAUCAGACACAUCAUCCGGAUUAUUCAAAAGUAACGAUAAACAGUCAUCUGACAAGAGGUCAUCGCCCAUUUCAUCAUCACCAUCACCAUCACCACGACCAACUGACUCUGAUAGUCUUGAAGAGAAUGAUCUUCAUGCUGCUAGGGCAAAACUAAGACGUUUCAACAAAGGGACCAGUUAG